CCAGUUGAAAUAAAUAUAGAGGAGGAGUCGGAUGUGCUGCGAUUAAAACUUUCAAAAUUACGUAUUUAGAUACGAAAAUACUGAAAGUGACUUCAACUCCUAACUUAUGAGUUUUUCUGUGUAGUUUUAUUAAUGGCCACGUAGUUUUUAUGUCUUUUGUUAUACUGAAGUGAAAGAAACUUACUUUUAAAACUUAUAAUUAAACAAAUGGUAAAAUUUAACAAUAGUUAAAAGAAAGUGCAGUUGAUUUCCAAGAUGUCUAGAAACAUUCAAUUAAGCUGUCUUCUAGUUAUUGCAAUGCUGAGUGCUACUGGAGCGCUCAAAGAACACUGCAAUAGGGAGGAGGACCUCCUACAAAGAUGUUCGAUGGCACUUCCAGUGCUAAGUUCCCCUGAAAUAUCCUUCGCACUCACAAGGGAAGAACUGGACAAAAGUUGCAUAGAACUCCGAAUGGGCAUCAAAUGUAUAGACAACUACACAAACGUCUGUAUGGAGAAGCAGGAACAAGUUGUAUUCCGUCGAAUUUAUGCCGGCAUCACCGACGUGGUCCAAGAUCUUUGCGCGAGGGGAAAGUACCAAGACGAGUACUUGAAGCAUGCUGACUGCGUGAAGAAAGUCAGGUCGGACUAUGAGACAUGCAGUAAGAACUACGAGGUGACGCUGAUGACCUUGGGAAACCAUCAGCAGGGAGAGCAGUACCAGACUGAUCAAGCUGCUCUCGCAACCAGCCAUGAAGAUCAUCUGAGAACUGUUUGUUGUUCAUUCCAAGAGUACCUGAUGUGCUCUGAGCAGACGGUGUAUAGAUCCUGUGGCGAUGAAGCCGCGUUGUUUACCAGCGCUUUCCUCAAGCGUAUGGCCUCAAAUAUUAUUAAGAAUUUCUGCUUCGAAUACAACGGGCAGGAGUGCGGGCUGCCAGACAAAAGUACGCAUAAUUCCCAUAAUGUUCUCCUAAUCAGUGUUGCAAGCCUUGCGCACUUAGCAUUUUAUGCAUCUGGCAACUUAGUUCCCACGUAAGUUUUUUUAUUUAAAGAACAAUGCAGAAUUUGAAUUUAGAUCGCUGUGCGGUGUGAAAUGCCAGUACGAGUUUGUCAAUGACUGAUGCAAUGUGUAUUGAACUGUAAGAAUUGAAUGCGGGUGAAUGUAACAGUUCCUCGGUUAUAAACCUAAUAGUUAAUAUUUAUUGUAGGUUUAGUUUAUAAUCUCAUUGUUUUACGCCUUUUUCAUCGUCCAUUGUAAAUCUUGUAUGUAGUAACUUAUGAGCACUGAGUGUUUUAUGUAAAUAUUCCACCGUGUUGUUGCCAAAUAAUUGUAGUCAUUGAUAUAUUGCGUGGAUCGCAUUACUUAACAUUAGUGACCCGACUACAGUGUUGCCAACGCUAAUAAAUUGAGAUUAUAAAUUGGAUAAUCUAUUGUAUAUCUUACUGAAUCCUCCUUCGAUGUUAUACGACGUCAAUCGAUUUAAAAAUCUUUGACGUUUUGAGAUUUUAACUUUUUACCUUCGUCGGGUUUCAGUUUAAUAAAAUUUAUGUGGCUUAAUGUUAUUGUUGCAUUGUAUAGAAAAAUAUUUGAAUUGCUCAACAAAAAUUAAAUCAUUCUCUUUGAAAUUACUCCAUAUUGUAUCCAGUAUACUCUUGAAAUUAUUAAAUGUUAUUUUGUUGUAUAAAUGUAUGUUUUUUUGUUAAAUAUAAGUACUUAUUAUACAUAGUUAGUAGAUAAAUAUUCUAUAAGGAUGUCAGUCUUUAUAUUAAGCUCAGAACAUCCUGUGAUAGUAUGUAAGUAGUUAAAAAUAUGUAAAAAUGUGGCAAAAAAUGUCUGACCACGCAACUUUGUGCAGUCAUCAAAAGUCUUUUAAAAAAAGGAAAAAGUCUCACCUCUUUACAACAUUGAUAUUUAAAUAAAAGAGUUUUUGUUCCUUGCCACAAAAAAAAUUGUCACAUCUUCUUGGUUCAGAAUACAAGCAAACAAACUAUAAUUGUUUCAAAAUGAGGUUAUAUGGCAAAAAAAGUAAAAACUUCUUUAAAAAACUUAGCCAAUGACUGUACACUGUUUAGCGAUAGUCAUACACAUAUUUAAAACUGUUACUAGAACAUUAUAAUUGUUAUCAUUUUUGUAGAUAUAAUAUUGUUUUAUUUAUAAGUAUUAAUAUUAAUUAUAGUCAUUCCUCGUAUACUUUUAUAGCUUUUUUUAUUAACGUGAAAAGCAUAGACUAGGAGUACCAUAGACAAAUAUAUAAAAAAAGAAUUUACUGGGCAACACUGCUCAUAUUCGGAGAUUAUAAAGAUCACCACUUUAUGAAGUAUACCUUAUACGUAUUAUAUUUAAUCAUCUUUUUCAACGCCUACACUGUAUUACAUAGUUUUAUUAAUUGAUUUUUGCACACGUUUCUUCAUACAUUAAUCAUGUCCUUAAAGUUAAAAAAAAACAACAACAUGUAUAUAAAUAGUGCAGAAUACAUCAAACUUUGUAUUCACACCACAUUAUGCAAAUGGGAAAUUAGAACCAUCCUAUAUAAUAAUGAAAAUAUGUGGAGUAAGGACGUUAUUAAAAAGUGCGUCAACACUUUUGUUUUGCACUGAGUGCAAUACUAAAUAAGAUUUAUUUCAUGAAUGUGUUACCAUAUUAUUUAGGUGAAAGUGUAGGUACAUUAUUCACUUAUACACGUGUUAGACACACCCAGGUCAUAUUCUAAAUAUUCGUACGUAUUAUGCAUGAAAAUCAACUGAUGAAGUCAGGAAAAUUGGUUAAUUCCGAAAUCCUUAACUGUACUUGCCAUACAUUAAUUGCACUGAUAACCAAAUGGUAAAGGUCAUGCCAUACGCACAAUGGGCCGACUUGGAGCCUAGGUGCGGAAAAAGGAGCCCAUCACCAAGGUCAUGCCGAACCCGCUGUGAACAACGUAGUGCGGAUUCGAUCCCCGGAUCCACGAAAGCUUGUUCUAAGUCUAGGUGUCUUUGUGUAAAAUUGGCAUGUAUAUAUUUUUUUUGGAAAUAUUAACUCAUUAUUUAUUUUCAUGGGCAAUUGCUAUGAUUAUUUAUUAUUUGUCUAGUGCGCUGUCACAAUUUGCACAACUGAAACAAAAGCAGACCGGAGAAACUGUGUUUUGAAUAUGACCGGGGUCUGUUUUACGAAAUUGAACGAUAAUUACGAGUAUCACCUACAUUAAAUUAAUACUAAACUGUUAAUAGAUUUUACUUAUCAGAAAGUAAUCAAACUAACAAUUCUUUACACAAAUAACGGUGCUUCUUUAUUUAGGCGACUUGAGUCGCCAUUUUAUUUUUCAAUCUUGCCUUAAAAGUAUAAGAUAUGUUAAGGAAAGAAUAAAUACUCUUUGGUCAACUCCGAAGUUGUCAUGAUCAUGUAAUAGAUACGUAAGUUUGAGCGUUUAGUAGAGAUGGCUCCGUUUUCAAAACCACAUCAACAACAAAGUUUAAAACAAUUACUCAAAAUGGUAUACCAUAAUAACCUGGAACAUACUGUAAUCGUUUCUUGAGCUGAAAAAAGUCUAUAUUCUGUACAUAUUAUUCUUGCUUCACGAUACUUUUCUGCCUUAACAAACUCCAAUAUCUAACCAUCCUCUUUACCCUAACAUUAGUGCACCCAAACUGUAAUAUAUGUAAUGUGAAGAACGUUAUCACAAUAUAGAUAUAAAAUAUCUACAUAUCAUUACCCUAUGGUUUGUGUAGACUUGUCUAACUAAGACUAAGGAUGCAUAGCAUUGUAUUAUGGUACGGAGUCAGGUCUUUGGCACAAGCGGCGACGCAAAACUCUUAUAACUUCUGACUCCAAUAGAUUACCAAAGAGGUUUUCAUAGUUAUCGGGUAUUGGCAACUUGCAUUGCUUUCGUGUGCGAAAGAAUUGAGUAAAUGCUUUGUUGAGUCAAAAUGAAUAUGCAAAGCUCUAAAUUAAGAAAAGGAAUUUAUUCGAGACUGUUCGACUUGCUUUUUACACGUGUUGAUAUGACAACAGGCGAAUUUUCUUUGCUGUUUUUACUAUGACUUAAUAAUUGUGUACAACUGUACUUAUACGUGUUCACAGACCACGUUUGUCUCGUAAUACUAAUUCAAAAUAUUCAACGAUGACCGCAGCUUUUCAUACUACACAUAUCUAACAUUAUUUGAAUUUGAAACUCAACCUGAAUUUGUAGAAUAUCGAAAUGUUUGAAUAUAAUAAUAAUUUUAUUCUAUUGCAACUUUUACUUUCAUUUGGAGUUAAAAUGUGUUUUCAUUUUGUCUUAACACUGCUUACUCCGUACCAUACAUGAUAGUUUGUUAUAAUUAUUAUAUAUUUUAUAUGUUAGAAUACUUGUAUCCACUAAUUAAAUGAUGAAUGUAAAAGGCAUAGUCUUUUAGAGAUUAUUCGUCAGUCAAAAUAAAGGAGUUGAGAAUUGGU